AUGGGAUACCGACUUUUCUUCACCCAUAACGCAGAAAACACAAAAUAUUUACUAUCUACUGCAUUCCCCGAUUUCGAAAGCUCGCCCUUGAGAAAACCCUUGUUCGAGCCGAUCACGCCCCAUGGGAUCUUUACACUUGACGGCCCACAGUGGAAGGUCAGUCGCGACCAGCUACGCGGACGCUUAGCAGAUUUGAGGAAAAUCAUAGAUUUGAACGUUUGUGAAGAGCACUUCCAGGCAUUUCUCAAACAUGUACCAAAUAAUGGCGGUCUGUUCGAUGUUCAAUCUUGUACGUUUGCCUUAUCCUUAGAUUUGCAAACUCUGUUUUCGUUGGGUGAAUCUAUCGAUGCUCUAAGCUUUAAUCAGUCUGCAGAAAAGAAGCAAUUCUUUGAUGAUUUACUCUUUGUGAAGACUCGUAUAGUACACGAUGGCUUCAGAGGGCCACUGCGUCACUUAUAUCCCAAGGGUUCAUUCCUUCGGGCGUGUGAGAGAGUGCGGGCGUUUGUAUUGACACGCGCAUCUCGUGAGAUUCGGAAAAGAAAAAAGAACAGUGAAAUGGUUGUCUUAGAUGAAGAUUCUGAAGAAAUCACUCAAUUCACAGAUCAAGCUCUGAGCAUAUUGCUUGCCAAUGACAGUAUGAGUACCAUACUCUCGGGGGUAUUCUUUUGUCUUGCCAAAGAUCAACACAUCGUGGGCAAGCUUCGCAUGAGUAUUGUUGAUGCCAUUGGCCUUUCACCACCGACAUGGACUGAUCUGGGAUCCCUCCAAUACGUCCGCUGGGUGAUUUAUGAAGGUAAGAUUCUUUGUCCAAUCUGA